ACGGCGACGACGACGACGAGGACGAGGAGGCGAGAGAUUAGACCCUCGGCGGUCGACAGCGGCGCGUGCGGAGGUGCCCGGAGGUGGACGUCGACGCGUCGAGCGUUCCUCUUCCGGCGCUGGCCCUGACCGCGAGUUUCGUCCUAACUGGUACCUCGGCUCACGCUCGUGCUUUCCCGCUCCGCUUCUCGACAUCCCGUCGGAAGUCGACGAUCGAGCGUCGCGAUAGAUAACCGUGGAAGCGCGCCGACGACGUGGUGAAGGAGGAAGAACGACGCGGAGCGCAAAUUCGGGAAGAGAGCAAGAGAGAGAGGACGCUUCUCGGUGGGUCACGUUCGAUCCGGGCGAGUAAGAAGAUGAGCUGUCAACGUAGCGCCGGCAAGAUCACGGUGCCGGACGACCUGCGCGACGUUCUGCUAGAGUUCACGAUCAGCUACCUGCUGGAGCAACCGGGCGACAUCAUCGAUUACGCCGUCGACUUUUUCACGCGGCUACGCGACACCCGGCAGACGCAGCUGAUCCAGGCGGACGGACAAACCUGCACCUCCACGCCGGACGAGUCCGUCGACGAGGAGCCACCAGUCGGCCGGUUCGCUACCAGAAGGAAGAGCGUUUUCGCGGAGACUUAUAAUCCCGAGGAUGACGAGGAAGAUGACGGCUUCAAGAUGGUCCAUCCAAAGAGCGACGAACAGCGACAAAGGCUCAGCGAGAGCGUCAAGAACAUACUUCUGUUUCGCUCCCUAGACGUGGAACAAAUGGCAGACGUGCUAGACGCGAUGUUCGAAAAAGCCGUUCAACCGGGAGAAUUUAUUAUCCGACAAGGCGACGAUGGUGACAACUUUUAUGUGAUCGAGAGAGGCAAAUUCGAGGUUUACGUUAAAGAUCCCGUUACAGGAGUGGACAAUCAUAUAUUUACUUAUGAUAAUCGUGGCGCUUUCGGUGAAUUGGCCCUUCUCUACAAUAUGCCCAGAGCGGCCACGGUCAAGGCUAUCACGCUCGGCACGCUCUGGGCCAUGGAUCGGCAAACCUUCCGACGCAUUCUCCUUAAAUCCGCGUACAAGAAGCGUAAAAUGUACGAGAACCUUAUUAACAAAGUGCCGAUGUUGAAGUCUCUCGAGGCUUACGAGCGCAUGAAUCUAGCGGAUGCCCUUGUACCGAAGCAGUAUUCCGACGGCGAGCAGAUAAUUAGGCAGGGCGAUACGGCGGACGGAAUGUAUUUCGUCGAGGACGGCGUCGUUAGGAUCACUAUACUAGGCGAGAACGGCCGUGAAAUCGAGAUUAAUCGCGUUCCGGCUGGCGGUUAUUUAGGCGAGUUGGCACUCGUGACGCAUAAACCACGCGCCGCCUCGGCCUACGCUGUCGGAGACAUCAAGCUGGCAUUUUUGGACGUUGAAGCUUUCGAGCGUUUACUCGGCCCAUGUAUGGAGCUGAUGAAACGCAACAUCGACGAUUACGAGGAUCAGUUAGUGAAAAUCUUCGGCAGCAAAACCAACAUUUCCGACAUCCGAUGAACUAUCUCCGGCGGAGCCACGUCGACACGUCGCUGCUGUUGCUAAAAGGAGGCGACGCCCUUUCCGCGCGUAUACAGUAUAUAAUGUAUAAUGAGCACAAAAGAACUUGUACCACCUACUUCUGAAUCUCAUCCCGCGUGUCGCCCGAGAGUAUCAUCUCGAAAGCCGUCAACUUUCGUAUGACUGUUCACUUAGUAAACGUAGGCGAUUAAGAUUUCGUCGACGCGAUAGUUACCAAGUUUAUACCUAUGACACACAUUGAACAAUGCUGUAGGCUGCUCGACUAUGCGUGUGCAACACAACAACACAGUAUCAGUAACUAAUCGAUAACACUCUUCUUCAAGACUGUACCAGAUGAAAAACGAGGAAAUUGCGGUGCAUUCCGUCGUGCGCUCCGAUCGUUCGUCAAAUUAUUAGCGGCAUCUCGGGAUUUCGAUUUCUCUCGAUCGUUUCUGAUUCUUGCCGGUCAUGAUCGUCCACCAGUGAAAGAUUGGAUCACGAUAUCUCGUGACCUAGGACAACGUUAUUAGAGUUAUCGACGUUACUCGACGUUAUCCCCCGCGGUAUACGUGACUCUAUCACUUGUCUCGAUAUGCACACGAUUUGCGUGCGUUUACCGAUGAACUUGAACAAAGUUCGUCCUAUCGUGCUCGUAAGAUACAUCGCAGGAAUUUGGAAUGUUCGAAAUCGAAUGCUCUUCCGUCUUGUUCUUCUUUCCUGCGGAAGGAUAGGUUACAAGAGAGACAACUGUGUAUUCGCAAUUGUACAAUGACAAGCGAACCUUGUAAAGUUUUUACGCGCGAGAUAUCUAUCUAUAUAUGCAUAUCACUCUCUCGGAGAUAAUGAAAGUAACAUUGCCAUCGCGUUAAACUUGUUGAAAAUGCUCGGGGCAGCACGAUAUCGACCUUUGAUAGAUCCAUUUAACGACAUUAAUAUCUUGAUAAAAUAUCAGGUCAGACAAUCAGGAUUCUGUCUAUAUUAUAAUUUACGGCGAGUAUUGGAUAUGCAGGCUACACACGCACACACACACAGUACACGUACCGUAACGCACAUUUUGCGAAAGCUACUUUCGAGCGUAAUAUUCGAUUCACGAUAUUAUUUUUAUCUCUUAUAGUUGCACGAUUCAAUUAAUGCACAGUAAUAUAUUAAAUUCAAAUUAGUUUUUAUGAAGAUUUCUUUUCUUCUUGCAGAUUUUUCAAACUGUGAGACACGUACAGCAUGCCGACAUUAUGUCUGACGAUUAGUUAAACUAAAAAAGAAAAGAGAUUAAAGCUUACUGACUUACACUUGCUCAUUUGGUAACGAAAUAGUCAUCAUGUAAAAACGCAAAUUCAGAUUCACGCAAAUGCAUUCUAUUUCGGAUAUCAAGUGCUUUCACAAAGUGCAUAGAAAGGCCAAGACCAAGCGAGCCGUAACGAUCGACUUAAACGCGCGGAGAUUACAAUGCGUAGUAUGUCACAAGGUGAUAUACUAUAUUGCGCAUCGUUCCUUUACCUAUAUAACGUAAUGUAAAGAAGAAGAUGGUACGAUAUACACGUGAACGCAAUCACUGUAAACGAAAACAGAUUUCGCAUCAUGUAUCUCCGUUGCUACGUGUAUUCAGAGUACAUCACUCGCUUCUAUCGGUAUAACCGUGCAAUCAUUGUCAUCCGGCAAGGAUUAACGUGGACAUUAACGUGACAGGGACCGCGCGUUUGAGCUAGAUUCAAGGUAGAUUCAAGUGUGUCUUGCCGAUAAAUCAUGGUAACUCGAAGAUCGAUUAAGAGAAUCCGUCUCUCAGCUUAUUUUUUAUUACGUGUGUACGAUAUACACGUAAUACAAGUCUCAUACAUGUAUGAUAUAUAUAUGCGUCUGUCGCAUCGUGAUGAGAGAGUCCAAAAACCGAUAUGAUUAUCUUGCGAACAAGUGCGAAUGCUAGUCACUUUUUACGACCGCGCUAUUGUCAUCCUCCUCUGACAAUUUAUCGCAUGGUCAAGAUAUAACAAAGAGAAAGAUACUUUUUAUUAUAUCGUAAACGUCGUACGUUUACCUACUAUAUGACUGAAAUUCGACGAAGCUUUUUAAAUAAUAUCACAAUCGUGCGAGGGUGUGAAAGGGGAGACUAGUACGAAAUGGUGAGAGAUGAAAGAUAGUAGACAAUUUAUUAGUAACAAUUGCCUUUUCUUUCCUUUCAAUCUCAUUUUUUCUCUUCUUUUCUAUUGUUCUUCCUCUUUCCUUUUUUUCUCAUGCAUGAUUAAUUUCUCACAAACAGUUUGUUCAAACUUUGUGGAAUUGUUCGAAGAGACAGUUGGACGAAUGAUGCGAUUGAAAGAUCGUUUGACCUGAAAGAGUUCCGUUUCGUUGUGAAAUAUCAGCAUCUUUAGUCUUCCACUAUGUCUCCAGGCUGUGAUAUUAUUUUCGACUGAGUAUUUUCAUUCCUAUCUUGUGGACCCCUGCAAGAGAAAUACAAAAUAUAUAUCAUUGUCAAAUUCGUGAGACGUCAAACUGGAUUUAUUUUGGACGACUCAACCAACGCAUCUUAUUUAUUUCAGUGCGAUAGAGAUUUUAAUGAAUUAUAACGAAAAUGACAAACGAUCAUUGUUGGACAUGAGGAGGUGUCCCUCUAGAUCAGUAUCACGAAAAAGGAAAACAAAAAAAGGAAAAGGAAAGAUUGAUUCGCACACCGGGUAAGCACUCGGUACGCAUAAGUACUUACUUGUGUUAGAUUACAUUCGAUGAAUUAAAUGUGUAAAGCAUUAAAGUUAUAGGAUCUGUCCUAUUCGCAUUGCUGUAUGUAUCUAUCAUGUAAUUGUCUUACAUGUUGCGUGUUGCCCUCCGUAUGUGUGGAUGGAUGUGCAAAAGGAUGCGCGCGCGCGCGUGCGUGCGUGCGUGCACGUGAUGAUCGAGCCAGUAAUUUGUUAAUUUAUGUUGCUAUUAUUCAUAGUUUACAUUCUCCGAUAGUUGUAUAAUUCAUGUUAUCGUCAUUAAAGAAGUGAUGCAAUACACCGAGGUCUGUCCCAUGGAUGAAGACAGUAGUAUACCACUAGAUCUUUUGGUUUUCUACCUUGCAAAAGGGAGAAGACUUUACGAAGAGUCGUAGGACGAUUAUAUGACGAUUUUGUUGUCUAUUAACGAUACAAUCAUGUAUUCACGCGUUAAGUUGAACGCGGUGUGCGUUCGGUUCUUUCUCUCUUUUGUAAGCUUUCGAGCGAUUUGAUCAGCAUGGAAUUUCGAAUCAUUUCGCGAACAUUGUUGUGGAAAUUCUAAAAAAUGUUUUUAUAUAUAUAUAUAUAUAUAGUUUUAACAAAAAUCUCUUAUGUGUUUGCGUGUGUGUGAGUGCGUGUACCUUUAAAGAUUUUUGAUUUUGAACAACAUUCAAAAUGAUUCGGGACUUUUAUCGUACGUCCGAAAUGGUUCGAAAUGCUCGUUUUAGUCCAUUGUAAGCUACAUCUCGAUUCUCUAGUCCAGAACGACAUGCGACAUGGAGAACGUUUCCGACCAAAUAGCGCGUAUUGAACUCUGACAGAAAUUAGCAAAUCGUUCGCGCACAAUGAUAUCCGGUAUAUCUAACAAUGUGCCAGUAAUACGUAUUUCUCCCAUUUAAACUUGUGUUUCCGUUCUCUAUGCAACGACACUUUUAAUAAUGUGUACUUGAUUGAUCGACUGUAGCGUGUAUCGUUAUCAGUAUACUUUUUGUAUUAGCACUUUGUGCCAUAUUUGCGUGCAACAAUGUACUCCACGUCGGACCUGCUUCAAGGAGCAAUUGAGCUUGCGACUGUGUUUCUUUCGUCUCGUUACUAGGUGCGCUUAUUCGUCAGAUCAGACGCCAAUGAAUUCGAAUCGACACAAACCGCGUGACUCGCGAUAAUUUAGGAAUAUUAUUUUUUCAAGUGCGCAGGCACUGCUGAUGAAUCUUGUACGCGAGAAAAGAUCUUCGGAGCGAUUUCUCCAGUCUUAAAUUCGCAAUUCUUUUUCGACAAGAGCAAUACGAGUCUCAGACUUGAUUGCGCACUGACAAUCGUCCGGUGUCGUCGUACGAGAGCGCUUAUGUCACUAAAGAAUCUCUUAGUAUUAUCUCUUUUUCUCUUAUACCUUUUCUAUCGCUAUCUAUUAAAUACCAGCACACUCUUCGAUCCAUCUCGUGCUUUCUCUUUGCCACUCUUGGACGCCGACAUUAUAGUAUCUCGCUAUGAAAGAACAUUAUGCAUUUAAAUCCCCUCAGAAUUUGACUGCAGCUUAUGAAUCCACCGCACCGCGGGCGUUGGAAUGAAAUUAGGAGCAAAAAAGAAUGCAUCUUGUAUGCCAUUAAAUUGAGAGGGGCUCUUUGAGGGUCCAGAAGUAUGUACUUCUUUUCCUCUCUGUCUCACUUUACUCGUUAUGCCUAAUUUUUCAUUACAUCUUUGAAACCAAAGCAUGAUGAUAAAGAGAAAUCUUUCUAAUUGUAAUAAAUGUUUAAUAAAUUUAGAUUACAUAAUUAG